AUGAUUAAACGUGUUCUGCCGAGUCAGCAGUACCAUCAAGAUGUGCUUCGAAAAUCUCGGGAAAUCAAGCGAAAAUUCGAGAAGUCCAAGAGUAACAUCAAGGGGGCAAUCAACCGGUACAACGCGAAGUGGCGCGCCUUAAAAAGGUUCGGCACACUAUCCGUUCAUCUUCUUCCGCAUUGUACAAUCUACGCCGCUCUAACAUGGGCAACUAAGGUUGCGCUCUGUGAUAGAGGCGAAUGCUGCGCAGCAGUUUGCAGGAGAAUGGCUUUGGCGCGAAACAGGCUCCAGAAGGAGCUGAAGGAGGCUACUCGUAUGAAUGAUCCUAAUAUGCGUUUGGAGCUAGUGGGAUCUAAUAUACAUAACUGGUACGCAUAUAUCAGGGGACCUGCUAAAAGCCCGUAUGAGAAAGGGAUAUUUAAGCUAAGUAUCGUAUGCCCAGCUUCAUAUCCUAUCCACCCACCGAUAGUUAAAUUUUUAACAAAAUGUUUCCAUCCAAACGUAAACUUCGAAACUGGAGAAUUAUGUAUGGAUAUUCUAAAGUCUAACUGGAGCCCAGCGUGGACUUUACAAUAUUUGUGUAAAGGCAUUACUUAUAUAUUAGACGAUCCGAAUGCGGAUAGCCCACUCAACUGCGACGCUGGUAACCUUUUCCGAUCAGGAGAUCUGAUAGGUUAUAGGAGCAUGGCCGAGAUGUACACAUUGGACUAUGCACUUCGCGAUUUCCCAAGAUGUGCGGUAUGA